AUGGCUGCGGGUGGCGGACUAACGAAGAACCAACGGCGACGGCUCAAGAAGCGAGCGCAGAAGCAAGCAGAGGCCAAUGGCAUCGAGAUGGACUCCGCCAUUAUCAGCAAUAAAACCAUUAAGCCGACGGAGGAGACGACCGUCGCAUCUCCUCUCGACGUGGACGUGGAGUACGUAAGUGCCGAUCCAAGCAAGGAACUGGCGCUACCGGUGGACGAUCCGAACUUUGAGGAGAUGAUGCGCGUGUUUGGAAAGUUUUCGUCUGCUGAGGAGCUCUGUGGUACGACAGACAAUGAGGAUGGAAAAGAAGAAGAUAAGAAGGACAAUGAAAAGGUGAAUGACCAAAUAGUAAAGGAGGAGGAAGAGGACGAGCAGGUGCUAUCCAGAAAAGCCCGCAAAAAAAGCAAGCGACUCAGUGUCGCAGAGCUGAAACAGCUCGUGUCGUAUCCUGAUGUCGUAGAGGCCCACGAUGUCACGUCUGCAGAUCCGCGUCUUUUAGUGUAUUUGAAGUCGUACCGCAACACGGUGCCGGUACCUCAUCACUGGUGUCACAAGCGUAAGUAUUUGCAAGGAAAGCGUGGUUUUGAGAAACAGCCAUUCAAGUUGCCAGAGUUUAUUGCACAAACGGGCAUUGCUGAAGUGAGAGAAUCCGUUGCGGAGGAUGAUGAAAAGAAAAAGAACAAGCAGCGAGCGAGAGAACGCGUGCAGCCCAAGAUGGGGCGAGUGGAUAUUGACUACCAAGUGUUGCAUGACGCUUUCUUCCGUUUUCAGACAAAACCAAAGCUCACGCAGCUAGGUGAUCUGUACUACGAAGGAAAGGAAUUUGAAGUAAAGCUGAAAACAAAGGUGCCUGGUCAGCUCUCAGAUGAGCUGAAGUCAGCACUCGGUAUGGUGGAAGGUGUCCCACCUCCGUGGCUGCUGAAUGUACAGCGAUACGGUCCACCUCCUGCAUAUCCAAACCUUAAGAUUCCAGGUUUAAACGCGCCAAUUCCCGAGGGUGCCAGUUUUGGCUACCAUCCCGGUGGCUGGGGUAAGCCGCCGGUGGACGAAAAUGGUGUACCACUUUAUGGUGACGUUUUCAGUAAGGCGGGUGAAACAGAGAACCAGGGUGAAGAAAUUAACCGAGAGAGAUGGGGAGAAAUUGAAGAGGAAGAAGUGGACGAGGAGGAAGAUGAAGGUGAGGAAGCAGAAGACUUCAAGGAAGGCGAUGCAGAGGCUAAAGGUCUUGACGCAACUGGUCUGGAAACUCCUUUUGUGGAUGGCAUUUCAAGUGUGGCAUCCGGCCUCACCACGCCGGGUAUCGUAGAUUUGCGAAAGGGCUCUCGAGGAACAGAAACACCUGAUGCCCCCCAGCAGCUAUACACCGUUUUGGAGCAGAAAGAGACAUCGGUGGGGACGUCGCUAUACGGCUCAGGUCAUGCAUAUGUUGUACCUGGUGCAGCCGAAGAUUCGAGCGGCACCCGCACGGAGACUGGUCGAGUUAGGCGUCGCUUCGAAGAUGCACCUCUGUCGAAGUCAGCGAAUCCUGCGGAAGAUGAAGAUGAGGCUAUUCAGAAGAAAAAGAGGGCCAAGACCGAACAGAGCAAAAAGCUCAAGGAUUUCAAAUUCUAA